GGCAUCAAUAUGGCACCUUACAGGUUUGGGUUGCAUUUAGAGUUUAGUACCUUUAAUUCAAGGGGGUCAGAGGUCACUGAAAGUGGUGACCACACAGGUGUGGGUGUGGCAUACAGGUAGCUUAACUUCUCUGCAUACAUGAUUAACUUAAGGACGGUCCAAUACCAUCAAUGGGGAACGCAAAUGCUUGAGGAUGAUAAAAAAAGCACAUAAACGUGAUACAAAAGACUAGCUGGAAAUUUUUCGGAAUUGUACAUGCAUUAGCAACAGGACUGAAACAAACUUACCGGUAAUGAUUUUUGGACGGAGCAGUGAAAAUGUAUUGAUACCAUUUUACCCCUGCUCCAGAUAUUACAUGUUAUCGCCCUUUUGGAAUCCUCUGAAAGCAGGCACAAGAUGUGAGUGACACAGAGUAUGGAUAUCUAGGGUAACAUGGCGCUUAGAUUUCUUUGGCAACCUUUCUAACAGCGUCUCUAAGAAAGCCAUGGAAAUGCAUUUAUUUGAUUUACGUCUGUCGAGAAAGACCAAAAGAACAGUAUCAUUCAUAUCAGGGGUCAUCAUUGGAUUUUGGAUAGCGCUUUCAAUGAUGACCCAUCUACGAGACAAAUAUGAGAGAUGUCCUGUAUCUUCUACAUCAGAAUGGACGUCCGGCGUGCCUGAACAAGGUUGGCAAGCAGGGUACGGUCCAACAAGUCUCGAAAAUAAUCAGAGUCACAUCUACAUUGGUGUCAUAACAGCACGAAAGUAUCUGGACUCGAGAGCAAUGGCAGUCUAUAAAACCUGGGGCAAACAAGUUCCCGGGAAAGUCGAAUUCUUCUCCACCUACGACGCAAGCGGCUGGUCUCCAGCGGGUCUGCCGGUUGUCUCCAGUAUCCCAGGAAUCGACGACACCUACCCGCCUCAGAAGAAGUCCUUCCUGAUGCUGAAGUACAUGCAUGACUUUUACAUUGACAAGUAUGACUGGUUCAUCCGAGCAGAUGAUGAUGUUUACAUUCGCGUGGACAAGCUAGACAGAUUCUUACGCUCGGUUAAUUCAAGUAAACUUCUUUACGUCGGACAGCCGGGAUUUGGAAAGGACGAUGAGUUUGGUAAACUGGGAUUGCGCGAGGAAGGUAACUACUGUAUGCGCGGUCCUGGGAUGAUCAUGAGCCGGGAGGUCCUGAGGCGGGUGGCCCCACACAUAUCCUGGUGCUUAAGAAACCUCUACUCCUCUCAUGAAGACGUGGAGAUAGGUCGAUGCAUCAAAACGUUUGCGGGUGUUGACUGCACGUGGGCGUAUGACACCAGGGAUGUAUUUUUCAAUGAUUACAAAAAUUAUCAUAUGGGUCGAAUAGAAGAACUGGGGAUCUCUAUCAUCAACCGUGCAAUCACCUUGCAUCCCAACAAAAGACCGGAGUAUCAGUACAAGCUCCAUAACAAGUUUCAGUCGCUGAGGUUGGACGACUUGAAUGAGCGUGUCCUCGCACUUUAUCGCGAGAGUAAUCACAUCAGUGGCCUCCUCCAACAGCCACCCACUGGUUUAGCCUUAACCCUUGGAAGACAACCUUCUUUAACCAGUUACAGACCAAGACACGUCCAUGACGUCCUGGUGUGGGAAUUUUUCACCAGAAGGAAAAUGUACGGGUAUUCAUCAAAGAGUGGCCAACCAGCUAGAGGAGUCUCGAGGCUAAUGAGGGAGGCUAUAGACUCUGCAAUGCAGAAGGUUGUGGAAAAAAUCAACUCGGGAUCUGCAAGAUCACGCCGGACUGUCAAGUAUAACGACCUGAAGUACGGCUACUGGCGAGUGAGCCCGCUGGUCGGCCUGCAGUACGUACUCCAGUCUUUCCUCACCCUGCGAGAGUACCACCACGGCAGAAGGACGCUGACCGUCAGGAAGCAUGUUGUUGUCCAGCAGUCCUUCCAGUCCGUCCAAUUCACUGAAGACGAUUCAGAGCAACAAAGCAGUUUCACUGGUGACAAUUUGAACGGAGAAAGGACGUCUCACGACGAUACUGUUCACAUCAUAGUGCCUUUGACUGGUAGAACAGCGUCAUUUGAAAGGUUUAUGGAGAACUAUGAAAAGACCGAGAGUUUUCUCGUGGAUUCGCGCUGGACAUAG